GAUUUAAAAUACACGAGGUAGUAAAAGUUUGUCAAGUGUCUAAACAUCGUAAGACCGCGAAUAAAAAUGGAGUUCAAAAAAACUGAAUUAAUAUCAACAUUUCUUCUUAUUUUUCUAACGGGCGCACUUGCAUCUGAACAAGAAUACGUUGAAGGCAGAUUUUCUUAUGUUUGCUUAGAUGAUUCGGUAGUAGUUAAAUUUAGUCAAUACGGAGUAUUUAAAAUAAAUAUGUACACUGAUGCUGUAAGAGAAGAUCAAGAUAAGGACACAGAGUGCUCAAGACACUUUACACUACACGAACCAGCGGUGAAAGAAUUUAAUUUUAAAUCCUGUGCAUAUGGGUCCCGAUUGUUUCCUUUGAUUAUCCAAGAACAAAAUCCUGGGACAGUCCUUACACAUGACUUCACUGUCAAUUGUGUUGAGAAUUCUGGUUAUGGAAACUGAAAUUUAUUUAAACUUUUUUUGCUUAAUUAUUAUUAGUUCUUAAGCUAUAAUUAUAUUUAUUACUUAGAUAAUAAUUUUGAAAUUUCAAAAUAACAAAUUGUCAAUUUUUAAUUAUUAAAAAAGUUAUUUAUAUUUAUAUAUCAAUAAAAAAGUAUUACUAGAUAUUUUA